AUGGCGAACCAGUCGGCAAAUUCGGGAUGGUGGACUUGGUCAUUGAAGAAGAAAACACUAGUAUUGUCCUUGGCUGUGCUCAUCAUUGUAGCGCUUGGUGUGGGUCUGGGAGUCGGGCUUGGGAUCGGGCUCAAGCACCACCAUGGAAAGAGCAGCGGAAACGCGCUGACCAACACUGGGGGCAUUGGCGGAUCUAACACCACAAUCAAAUGGCAACCGGUGGCUGGGACCAAAUGGCAAAUCGAGCUACUAAAUCCCUUGAACGACACUUCGGUUGAUGCACCCGUCUACGACAUCGAUAUGUUCGACAACAGUGUCAUGGUGAUCUCCGAUUUACAGAACAAGGGACGGAAGGUUAUUUGCUAUUUCUCAGCGGGAACCUACGAGAACUGGCGUCCGGACGCCAGUGAUUUCCAUACCUCUGAUUUCGGGAACAAUCUUCCUGACUGGUCUGGCGAAUGGUGGCUUAAUACCAACUCUGAAAACGUACGAGAAGUCAUGAAGGCUCGACUCGACCUAGCAAAGAAAAAAGGCUGUGACGGUGUUGAUCCAGACAAUAUCGAUGCGUACGACAACUCAAACGGACUCGGGCUAACCAGAGCGGACGCCAUUAACUAUGUCAAUUUCCUGGCCAAAGAAGCAGAUGCCCGUGGCUUGGCCAUAGGCCUUAAAAAUGGCGGCGAGAUCAUCGGCUCUGUUAUCGAUAACAUGCAGUGGUGCGUGAACGAGCAAUGUGCCCAAUAUGAUGAAUGCGCUAUGUUCGACUCGUUCAUCCAAGCCAACAAACCAGUCUUUCACAUUGAGUAUCCCAAGCCCGACGGGAUCAAUAACAACAACGCCGUGACACCAAAGCAACGGUCAGCGGCAUGCAAUGCGGCGAAUGAGAAAGGAUUCUCCACAGUGAUCAAGAACAUGAACCUCGAUAACUGGGUUGAAUACUGUUCCUAA